GUCAGGGAUUAAAGAAACAUUGCAUUAAUACAGACUGCACUGGAUAAUCGUCUGAGCAUUGGCGGGAGUGGCACAAGGGGAAUUUUACGGAAGAACAAAAGUCUACUUGUGCACUAGUUUGGUAGUUUCAGAUUGUAUCUCUUCCUUCUUAUUAUUCUUCUUCUCCAUCUCGGUCUCUGUCGGUCGACUCCAUGGCGUACGCUGCUUACUGGAAUGCGACGUCUCAGCCUAAACAGACCGCGUCCACCCCGUCAGUCCCGGCCUCUACCGUGAAACCUGCACAAUAUGAGAAAGGGACUGCGUCAUCAUCAUCCGCUGCAGUUGCGGCUGCAAAGCUUGAAACCUCUACCACUGCUACUACACGUUCUACAUCCACUGCAGCUACAAGCUCAGUGACCAAUGUAGGGGCUUCAACAGGAGCUAAAGUCAGUGGAGGAGUUACCACCACCACCGGAUCUUCUAAAGUCACCCCGCAGGCCCCACCCGUGUCUCCUGCCAAAGCUCCACCUGUGAGUACUGGAACAACGGGUGCAGUAGGUGGAGCAGGAAAACCUUCUACAGAACUGGUUAAGCCCACAGACACCUCUAAAGUCCAGAGCACUGCAGUUUCAUCCUCCAAACCAGACCUUUCUAAGGUUACCUCAUCAGUAACCAAGCCCACUGCCACCACUGUUGUUUCUGGAACCACAGGCCAAAAGGAUGAUGUUAAGUCAAAAGAAACAAAGGUGAAGUCAGAGGUUUCUGCCAAAGCUAGCACUCCGGCGCCUGCUGUAGAUCCACUUGAUGCUUUGGCUGGCAGCUUGCCAUCCUCAAAGCCUUCCAAAAGUCCUCAGUUUACUGGGCCUGAAGUGACAGAGCCUCACCUAACCUCAGACGUGGCUCCACGUUGUGGAGAAAGAGAUGACACACUACCACCAGGAUACAGAUUGAAAGACAUGGAAAAGAAGAUGCCUGCGGGACAACCUGAGAAGCCCAAGGAAGUUUCCAAACCUGUGACACUGGAUGAGGCAGUGGACUCUCUCUCCGCUGGAUUUGUAUCAUCACCACCACCAGGAGCAUCCAAACCAGAAGUGAAACAUGAAAAUGUGGUUGCUGCCGACAGCCGUAAAAACUACGCCCCGGCUCCGCCUGCUCAAAAAAAACAAGACGUUUCCGUGCCUACGAGUCUGUCUCCUGCCCCUCCUGCUGACAAGAAACCAAAGAUAGAGAAACCCGCUAAAGACUCUGCGACUGCAGCCGCUCAGGAUGUCAAAGCAAAGGCCGAGGAAAAAAAGAUUUCUGCAGAUAAGCUGCAGCAAGGUCCAAAGGAUGUUCCCAUGUCUCCAGACCCAUUUGACGCUCUAAGCAACACGUUACCUGAAGCGAAACCAGUUCCUGAGCCCAAAAAACUCAGACCUGAGGAAAUUGUCGAUGAGAAGAAGCUGAAGUCAGAGAAAGGUGUGCGUGUGGGUGAGAGAGAGGACUCGCUGCCACCCGAGUACAGGCACAAGCCAGACAAAGAUAUGAAGCAGCCUCCUCCUCCUCCACCAAAACAGCCCUCCAUGGACACGACUGAGGCUUUGGAUAUCCUGUCUGGAGAUUUCACUGAUGCCACGGUAGCUCCUGUUGUCCAGAGCCCUGUUCCUCCUAAAGCCCAAGACAAACAGCCCAAAGUGGAGGAUCUUUCAGCUCUUGAUGCCCUGGCAGGUGAUUUUGUAGCUCCAGUCAAAGGCCAAAAGGUUUGUUCUGGUGCACCUCCUGCCCCACCAUCAACUACUAAAAGCACACCACCCACCUCUGAACAGGUUGACCCCAUGGCUCUGGAUGCUCUUGACACUCUGGGAGACCUGUUACCUAAAGCAAAACCCGCUCCCGAGUCCCCAAAACUUAGACCUGAGCAAAUAGUUGAAGAGGCUAAGCUCAAAUCAGAGAAAGGUGUGCGUGUGGGUGAGAGAGACGACACACUCCCUCCAGGCUACAGAUUCCCUAAGACAGACCCCAAAUCACAACCUCCACCCCCAAAGAAAGAGCCAUCCAUGGACCCUACUGAAGCUCUGGAUAUCCUUUCUGGAGAUUUCACAUGCGCACAGGCGGCUCCUGUGGUCCAGGCCUGUGUUCGUCCUUCGGCUCCUCCGGCAAGCGCCUCAAUGGAUUUUGAUCUUGAGGAGCUUUCCGGUGAUUUUGUGGCUCCCAAAAGUGCAUCUAAAGUCUGUUCUGCUGCUACUACCACUGACAAACAGGCAGACCCCAUGUCUCUGGAUGCCCUCGACGUUCUGGGAGACUCACUUCCCAAAGCAAAACCAACUCCUAUGUCCCCAAUACUGAGACCUGAGGAAAUUGUUAAUGAGGCUACGCUCAAAUCAGAGAAAGGUGUGCGUGUGGGUGAGAGAGACGACACACUCCCUCCAGGCUACAGAUUCCCUAAGACAGACCCCAAAUCACAACCUCCACCCCCAAAGAAAGAGCCAUCCAUGGACCCUACUGAAGCUCUGGAUAUCCUUUCUGGAGAUUUCACAUGCGCACAGGCGGCUCCUGUGGUCCAGGCCUGUGUUCGUCCUUCGGCUCCUCCGGCAAGCAGCUCAGCAGACUUUGACCUCGAGGAACUUGCGGGUGAUUUCGUGGCUCCCACCAGUGCGUCGAAAGUCUGUUCUGCUUCAUCAGCUCCCACUGCUAUGGACAGACAGCUGUCGGAUGGUAGCUCAUCAGCCAUGGACGCUCUCUCAGACACUCUGAAAGACAUUCAUCCAGCACCCGAGCCAGCACGUGUGUCUCCUAAAGAUGUCGUUAAGGAGAAGGACGUGGUGGAGGAAAGGCUGCAUAAACCUGGCGAGAGAGACGACUCACUUCCUCCCGAGUUUCGGCCCACAGAGGCAGAUAUCAAGGCUGCAGCAGAAGCCAAAGGCAAAGCAGCAGCUAAGAAGCCUUCGUUCGACGACGCCGCAGCCCUCGACGCUCUGUCCAGUGACUUUGUUUCUGUUGUGCCCGGGACCUCACCUGCCCCUCAGUGUCAGGCUCCUUCUGUAAACACCUCCUCCAGCCAGAAGAAACCAGGUCCGGUAAUGGACCAACUGGCGGCUUCGCUGCUACCAGCUGAUUUCCCUUCCACCAAACAAAGCGACAGCAAACCGAAGGCUAAGGGUAGAAAGUCAAAAUCUGCAUCAAAGAAACCUGCAGCCGCCGACGCCCCAGCCGUGGAAACCCUCCCUGCCAAGCCAAGCUCAGACGUCGUGUCCACGUCCACCACAAAGAAAGGCGGGAAGAGCUAGACGUCUCACACACAAGUGGCUGCCAACCCGAAGCGGUAAAGAGACGGCAAUCCGAGAAGCUGCUGGAAAGAAUACAUACUAUACAUAUUAUAUAUUGCAAUGGUAGAAAGGUGGACAGAACUUUAACUGCAAAAACACAUCCAACACAGACACUGUUUAAAACACCAGCAUUAGAUGGUCCAUGUGUAAAAAAAAUAAAUAAAUAAAAAUAAUGAUGAUAAUAUAAAGAAAAAAAUCUGGGAUCAGUGCAUGGAAAUAACCCCCAGCAUGAAUCCCCAGAUGUCCAUUAGAGCAAUGCUGAUUGGAUUUAAAGCAAAUAGAAUAAGAAAGGCAAUUAUUUUUCCUUUUCGGAUAAAUGGAAGGACGCUGAUGUGCCUUAGUUGCUGUUACUGUUUAACAUCUCUUUAAGGAUUAGGUAUAUUGUAAUGCAUGGUUAUUUUUUUUUUAUUAUUUUUUAUUUUUUUGGUUUGAUCUGGGGAAUUUUUUUAUAGUAAUGAGUUAUAUUGCCACUCCUUUAUAAACACUAGUGUACAGCACGUCCACUUUGGUUUACUUUGUCUAGUUUACAGUAUAGAGUUAUGAUUAUAUUAUUUACAUGAUGUUUGUGCAUAAGGGCUUUCCUGUGUAUGUCUUUAUUCAGGCUGACUGUCUUCUUUUUUUUUUUUUUUUUCUCUCAGCCAGAUCUAAAACAUACAUAAUGUAGGAGGUCUGAAAGCGAUUACUGGCAAGCCUUAGAAGACAGAUAAACUUCCUUUAAGCAUCAUGUGAAGCUGUUAUGUGGUUCAGUGAACGAUUGAAACACCACCUUAACUUGUCCUGUAGAGUAGACGCACCACAGCGUCUUAAUUACAGCUCGAGUAGGAUGUGGCAGACCAAGUAGAGAUCUUUGUUUCGUUUUGAACUAACAGCUCUUGCACUGUUAAUAAACAGCUCACACUAGUGUGCGUUACGUUCACCUUUCCAUUAAGACCCCCUUUUUUUUCUGCACAUGACAUACAGCUUUAGUCCCGAUGAGUCGAGAAGAAACAUGCACUCUUAAUAUAGUGCCUUUAGUUUUGGUUCACUACGUCUUCCUGUUGUGGUGAUCUCACAAUACUGUGCCUUUCUGCUGAAGCUCAUUUUUAACCCAUUGACAGAGAUGUGGAGGGGAGAUAUUUUUUUUUUCGGGUUAAUUAAUAAAAAAGAGAUUUAAAAUUUUCAA